UGUGUGUGUGAGACAGAGUGUCCAGAGCGGCGCGUAACGCUGAGACGCCCGGUGAGCAGCUCGGUUUAUUUUUGGGUCAGAGACAGUGUGUCAAUGGCCGCAGAUGCGUCGGAAAGGAAGGCUCUGAGAUACAAGCAGACCCUGCUCUAUGGGGAGUACCAAGAGCACCAAGGAGGCUCGGGGAGACGGGAGGCCACGCGCCUGCUGACCGAGAGACAGAUCAAGAAGCAUGGCAAUCACCACCACGGCCACGGGAAGACGCGGCACGGGCGCGGUCGCCAUGGCCACCAGCAUGACCAUCACGGCAGGCAGAGGGCUAAGUAUCAGUCCAACAUGGAGGCGGAGCAAAGCGAUGAGCAGACGCCCGACCGAGACUUCACCUCUUCUUUGAAGAAGAAGGGCUCCUACGUCAAGUGCAGAGACUGCGUAGCGAGGGUGCAGAGAUUCCUUGUGACCAGGCUGGGAGAGGACUGGAUCUUCCUGGUUCUGCUGGGCAUCACGAUGGCGUUGGUCAGCUGGACGAUGGACUACGCCAGCGCAAAGAGCUUGCAAGCCUAUAAAUGGAUUCAUGGAGAGCUGAGGGAGAACAUCCCUUUGCAGUUCUUGGCCUGGGUUUCCUAUCCUCUUCUAUUUAUCCUGUUCUCCUCCCUCUUCUGUCACCUGGUUGCUCCUCAGGCUAUUGGUUCUGGUAUCCCAGAGCUGAAGACCAUCCUGAGAGGGGUGGUGCUGAAGGAGUAUCUGACUCUCAGAGCGUUUGUGGCCAAAGUCAUCGGCCUCACUGCUGCACUGGGUAGUGGCAUGCCCGUAGGAAAAGAGGGCCCUUUUGUUCACAUUGCCAGCAUCUGUGCCGCCGUCACCAGCCGCUUCAUGUCCUUCUUUUCCGGAGCUUAUCAGAAUCCAUACUGUUACACAGACAUACUGACAGUGGGCUGUGCAGUUGGGGUGGGUUGCUGCUUUGGUACUCCGCUCGGAGGUGUGCUCUUCAGCAUAGAGGUGACAUCCACGUACUUUGCGGUGCGGAACUACUGGAGAGGCUACUUUGCUGCUACAUUUAGCGCCUUCAUCUUUAGAGUGCUCUCCGUGUUUAACAAAGACGCAGUAACCAUCACAGCUUUAUUCAGGACAAACUUUCGUAUGGAUUUCCCUUUUGACCUGCAGGAGCUGCCAGCAUUCGCCAUCAUUGGGAUCUCCUGUGGAUUUCUGGGGGCGUUCUUUGUCUAUCUCAAUAGACAAGUGGUGCUGUUCAUGAGACGGCCGAACGCAAUGACCCGCUUCCUGAUUAAACACCGCUUGAUAUUUCCUGCUGUGGUAACUCUGGUCAUUGCCACUUUGACCUUCCCACCAGGUUUUGGACAGUUCAUGGCAGGAGAGCUGAUGCCCAGAGAGUGCAUCAACUCGUUGUUUGAUAACUUCACGUGGACAAAGCUUUCGGCAUCUGCCCCCCCCGUUGGUCUGGGCCGCUCCGCCGCCUGGCUGCACGCUGAUGUCAGCGUCUUCGUCAUCCUGCUGCUCUUCUUCAUCAUGAAGUUCUGGAUGUCUGCAGUGGCCACCACCAUGCCCAUUCCUUCUGGAGCGUUCAUGCCGGUCUUCAUACUUGGCGCUGCAUUUGGGAGGCUGGUUGGGGAAGUCAUGGCCACCCUGUUUCCUCAUGGGAUUGUAUUUGAUGGCAUUCUGUACCGGAUCAUCCCUGGAGGGUACGCAGUCAUUGGAGCGGCGGCGCUGACAGGCGCUGUGACUCACACGGUGUCCACGGCGGUUAUCUGCUUUGAGCUGACAGGCCAGAUCUCACAUAUCCUGCCCAUGAUGGUGGCUGUAAUCCUGGCCAACAUGGUGGCCCAGGGCCUUCAGCCCUCCCUGUAUGACUCAAUCAUCCAGGUCAAAAAGCUGCCAUAUCUGCCAGAGCUUGGCUUUGGACACAUGAGAGAAGUCAAACACCUGCUGGACUCCUCUUUGCUCAAAAGUAUCCCCCUGGUGGACUCCAAAGACUCGAUGAUCCUGCUGGGAAGCAUUGACCGGCUGGAGCUCCUGGCCCUCUGUGAUUGGUGGCUGUCGCCAGAAAGAAGGCUCCUGAUGCAGGGUCGCAGCCUGCAGGAGCCAAACCAGAGUCACAGGCAAAGCUGGGAGUCUCUCGCCUUCGUGGAUGAAGAAGAGGAGGAGGAGGAGGAGGAGGAGGAGGAGGAGGACGGAGAGAAGGGCAGUCCAGUUCAGGAGGAGAGAAAUGGCCCCCUGCCCCCCCCGAAACCUCAGGAGCCUUCAUCAAACCAUACUUCCUCUGUUCCUGAAAAGGCUCCCCUGCAGACAGUGAGGAAAACUCUCAGGAAUCUCUUCAUCUCCAAGAGCAGAUCAUCAGAGAAAGAGUCCCAGGAGCCCUGCCCUCCUCCUAUGUCAGACACCAUGACUCCAGACGAGAUUAAAGCGUGGGAACAGGCAGAGAUGGACAAGCCGAUGGAAAUAGAUGAGAUACGAGUUGACCCUUCCCCUUUCCAGCUGGUGGAGAGAACAUCAUUACACAAGCGUGAUUUCAUUUUCAUGGUAACACUCAGAAUACUGAGCUCAGUCAUGUGCAAAAGAGGUCUUGUGAUUGAGACCCACACUUUAUUUUCUCUGCUUGGCCUCAGCCACGCUUACGUGACAAGUAUUGGAAAACUUGUGGGGGUGGUGGCAUUGAAAGAGCUCCAAAAGGCCAUCGAGGGCUCCACGCGAUCCGGGGUCCGACUCCGCCCGCCUCUGGCCAGCUUCAGGGACAUCAGCAACCACAAAUCUGUCCCCAAACCUCCCCCUGCCUCUCCCGCGGCCCCUUCCUCUCCGACGUCCACCUCUCCGCCCUCGCCUCAGUUCUCCCCGGCGCCUCCCCCGCCCCCGCCCCCAGACAGCGGCCACCAGCACCACCCGCCCCAUCAUCAUCAUCAUCACCAUCAUCAUCAUCACCACGAGCAUGAAACGGAGGUGUGGAUCGAGGGGCUGACGAGGGAGGUGGAGGAGAGCAGCACGUCCGGCAGCCUCAGCAGCUCCACUCAGAAAAGUCGCAGCUACGGGAGCGACCUCACCCUCCCUCCCUCUUCAACUCCUCCCCCCGUUCCUCUCUCCACUCCCGCUCCCACUCCCACCGUCCCUCUUUCCACGCUGAGGCCUGCACAGGGACUCCAUGAGGAGAAUGAAGACAGUGAUGACGAGCCCAUGGUCUAGCCUACUACAGAUUUUUUCUUUUCUUUUUUAUAAUGGAAAACUUUUUUAAUAGUGGGAGCUUUUUUUCUUGUGUCUUUACAAUGCUCAUCGUGCCCGUGGACGUCCAUGGACCUCGUUUUUAUUGAGCUUUGACAGAUUUGUUUGAAUGUUAAACUGCAACCAAUGCCAAAUGCCUUAUGGCGACGCUACAGUCUGCAGGGUUAAAUCUGUGUGGCUGUUUUUAAGUCCAAUACAUUUCAGUGCAUGCAUCUCCAUGCACGUGAUAAGCUCACGUUGGCCUGAUAACCCACUCGAUCUGCAGCCAAGCUGAUCGGGAAGAAUUUUAACACAAACAUAAGAAGCCAAAGAGGAAGCACAUCGUGUGCUGCUCUUGUUUUGUUUGUAGCACUUCAUAUGAUAAU